AUGGCUGUGAGUUCAGGGGCUAGUCCUGCCCUCCAUGAAGACUCAACAAUGACACCACCUCUCAACUCCUGUGAAGCUCCAGGGUUGGGCUCUGGUACCAUCCUUGGGCCCAACCCAGAUGUACUCCUGGUUCCUAUCCCAAGUCCUGAAUUGGCCCAUGUUCAAGACCUUCAUCCAGCUUUAGAGGAGGCCCCUGGCCAUGACUCUGAUAACACCCCCAGUCCUUGUGACAAUGGAGUCUCAGAUCCAGCCUCUCUCCAGAUGACCAGUUGCUGCCCUAUGGAAACUGUGGACUGGAAUUCAAAUCACACCUCCAAGCUUGACCCACAGGGAGCCCUCCAUCCAGCCUCAAAUCCUGUACUGAAACCUGGCUCUUCUGAAGACACCGGUCUGAGCCUGGAUAACCUGUCUGGGCCAAACACUGAGCAGGCCUUCAAUUCUGCCUCAAACAAGAUUUUUGGUUUGGGCCAGAGUAACUCCAAUCCCUCCAGGCCAGAGUUAAACUCAUUUGUAAGGCCCCAAUCACAAGAAGAGCCGGGCCCCUCUGUCCCCAGGCUGGGCUUGCAGAUUCUCCUUCCAGCCUCCAGCACUUCUCAGGAUCAGGGUUCCAGUCAACUGCUCCAUGGGAUCUCAAGAAAUAUCUCCAAACUGAACCUGAAUGUAGUUCCUGAUUCAUCUGGAACCCUGAUCCCAGAGACCAGUCAGACCAUCCCCAUGUCACACAGCAUCUCCGGAUCCAUUUCCAAAGGAGUCUUCGGUACAACCUGGAGCACAAACUCCAAGGGCACCGUCAAUGUGGGUUCAAAUGGCCAGCCCACAACUGAUCUGAGCACGACUGUCAUUCAAGCCUCAACUGUCACCAUGAUUUCUGGCUCCAAUGAUGGUGUCAGCCGGCACUCUAGCUCCCAUGGACCCAACUCUACUCACUCUCCAUCUUUAUGCAUGGUCCCACUCCUGGGCUCCAACGAAACUGUGAGCAUGGGCUCCACCUUCAUGAUCAGUGAUCUCUCCACACUGACCCUGAGUACCCAACAGGAUUAUUAUGAGGACAACAGCAUUCGAACCAUGUUUCCAGAGAAUGAGGGGGUCCAGGGGGAGAGAGAGAGCCCUAUGGCCUUCCGCAGCCUCCCAGAGGGAGCCUUGGAUGAUGUGACCUCAUGCCUGGUGAAGAUGCCAGAGACAAGAGAUGGUCACACGGUGACUCUGGUGGAUGAUGUUAUCAGACUGCAGAAGAACCGGGAUUUGCUGGAAGAAGAAGAGAAGAAGAUGAUAGUGAAAAAGAUGAUGAGGCAGAUCCAAGAGGAGCCACUGGAUUCCCUCUCCAGCUCCAUCCGGAGGCAGGCCAUGGAGACGCUGACCCAGCUGAGUCACACCAAGCCUAACCUGAGUGUGCGUGAGCGAGUAGAGUUGGUGAACACGUGUGUGCAGAGUGUGUUCUCACUGCCUUCUGUGCAGGCUAUGCAGGAGAAAGAUGAGGCCAAGGCAGAGGCCAUCCAGACACUCUACCAUCAGACCCUGGAUGCCCUGCAGACACUGCUCAUUGCCCUCUUUAUUGAAGACCCCACCCCUGCUGGGCUGAAGAGUAUCUUGGAGCCUCUGGGGCCCUGGAUGAACUCUGGAAAGGCCCAUGAGCGAGCUCGGGCUGUGAACAGCAAUGUCUCUGUACUGAACCACACACUUCUGACACUGCCUUUCUUUAUGUCCUCGGGCUUCCCCGCUCUGGGUCUGCUACUGGGGAGGCUCCUUCUCCGCAUUGGGGACCCUGACGAGGAGAUUGGCCGGGAGGCGCUGGAUGGCAUCACCAUCCUCUACACUAUUCUGGAGCUCCAGAAACGAUCCAGAGACAAGGAAGAUACCAACAAGAUGGAACUGUAUGAGAGCAACAAGCGCUUUCUAGGGCCCUACAACCCUGUCAGCCCGUGCCAGAACAUUCUCCGUGUCAUUGCGGAGUUUGGAGACUUCCUGGGGCCCCAGCAGGUCAAGGACCUGCUGCUGACUGCCCUGGAAGGGCUGAAGGGCGGCUCAGAGACUCGGGGGAAAGAGUCUGGGGAGAUGAUGCAGCUGGCGUCGGAAGUCACGCUGAGCUCAGUGCUGGAGUGGUACCGCCACAGAGUGUUAGAGGUGAUCCCAGAAAUCAUGCAGGGCAUCUAUACCCAGCUGAGUUACAUUCAGGAGCCACGGGCCCGUGAGGUGGCCCUGCUGCCUGUGUCCCUCCUGGCCAGCUCCUUCAUGACAGAGGUUGUGGUGGCGCUGCUCAUGUGUCCCCUCCCACUGGACAGCAAUGGAGCAGAGAUGUGGAGGCAGUUAAUACUACGCAAGCCCAGCUGUGAUGUCCGGGACCUGCUGGAUCUGCUCCUGACCAGCCUGAAGGAGAAGCCUGUCACCAAGAAGGGCAGGGCCUCCAUUGUGCCCCUGGCGGCAGCCAGCGGCCUGUGUGAGCUCCUGUCUGUCAACAGCUGUGUGGGCCGUGUGAGGCGCAUCUACCCCCAGCUGCUCCUGGCCCUGCUCAUUCAAGUCCACUACCACAUUGGCCUCAACCUGCCUGGCCGCAUCCCCCCUCCUAGCAAGGACAUGGAGAAUGAUGCACAGAAUCUCCCAUUUGUACCUGUUCGCUGGGUGGUGAGGGUGGUGAAGACCCUGCUGCUGAAGAUGGGCUGCUCUUACGAGGCCACAUUUCUGGAGGACCAAGGGGGCUGGGAGCUCAUGGGGCAGGCAGAAAACCACCAUCGCGCAGUGUCUCUGCUGGCAAGGGCCAUGGUGCAGUACUCCUGCCAGGAGUUGUGCCGCAUCCUCUACCUACUCAUCCCACUCCUGGAGCGCGGCGACGAGAAGCACAAGAUCACAGCCACUGCCUUCUUCGUGGAGCUGCUCCAGAUGGAGCAGGCACGCCGGAUCCCCGAGGAGUACUCUCUUGGGAGGAUGGUGGAAGGCCUGAGUCACCGCGAUCCCAUCAUGAAGGUGCUAUCCAUCCGAGGCCUGGUCAUCCUGGCCCACAGAUCUGAGAAGAUGGCCAAGGUUCAGGCCCUCCUGCCAUCCAUGGUGAAGGGCUUGAGGAGUGUGGAUGGCAUGCUGGUGGUGGACGCAGCCCACAACCUCAAGACCAUCUUCAAAGGGCAGGGCUGGAAGCUGACGGACAGCUCUGUCUACGUGGAGAUGCUACAGAUCCUGCUGCCCCACUUCAGUGAUUCAAGAGAGGAUGUGCGAAUCUCCUGUAUCAACCUGUAUGGGAAGGUGGUCCAGAAGCUCCGGGAGCCCCGCACCCAAGCCAUGGAGGAGCAGCUGAUCGGCACCCUGGUGCCCCUACUUCUGGUUAUGCAGGAUGGCAACCCUAAGGUGGUUCAGAAAUGUUUGAAGACCCUGUUCCGUUGCUCCUGCUUCAUGGCUUGGGAGUUACCCAAAAGAGCAUAUAGCCGGAAGUCCUGGGACAACCAGCAGCAGACAGUGGCCAAAAUCUGCAAGUACCUUGUGAACACCCACCGAGAUAGCGCCUUGACUUUCCUCAACCAGAGCCUGGAGUACACCAAGAACCCACAGGCCUCCCUCCGGAAGUCCUCGGUCAUGUUCAUAGGGUCCCUGGUCCCCUGCAUGGACAGCAUAAUGACGGAAGAUCGGCUGAAUGAAGUGAAAGCCACUGUGGAAAACUUGAGGCAUGAUCCAGAAGCAUCAGUAUGCAUCUAUGCAGCCCAGGCCCAGGAACACAUCCUGUCCAGCUGCUGGAGGAAUUCUUGGCCACUUCCACACGGGGACUCAUGGGUGUGUGACCCGGCCACCACGCACCGCUGGAACCCCAGCUGCGAGAACCUGCCCGCUUCCCACCAGCGGCGCUCCUGGAUCAUGCAGGCCCUGGGCUCCUGGAAGAUGUCCUUGAAGCAGUAAUGUCACACAGCCACAGCCCCCACCUUCAAGCUGUCCAAGCACAGACAUGGACACAUAAAUGCCACAUGGCUUCCCUCUC